AUGAGCGAUAUCUUGGACGUUAGUCACCAACGAGAAGCAAUUGCCAAGGCUGCUGCGUAUCUUUCUGGUAUCUUGGAACCACAUUUCAAAAAAACGGCAAAAUUCGAGCCUCCACGAACCUUAAUCAUAUGUGGCUCAGGGCUAGGUGGUAUAUCCACUAAAUUGUCUAUAGAUAACCCACCCCCGAUAACAAUUCCAUACCAAGAUAUUCCAGGAUUCAAGAAAAGUACGGUUCCUGGUCAUUCCGGUACACUAAUGUUCGGAUCUAUGAAUGGUUCACCAGUAGUAUUAAUGAAUGGUCGCCUUCAUGGAUAUGAGGGGAACACAUUGUUUGAGACUACCUUUCCUAUUAGAGUACUUAAUCACAUGGGCCAUGUCCACAAUUUAAUUGUCACUAAUGCCGCUGGUGGUAUAAAUGCGAAAUAUCAAGCCUGUGAUUUGAUGUGCAUUUAUGAUCAUUUAAAUAUCCCUGGUCUUGCUGGCCAGCAUCCAUUGAGAGGUCCUAACUUGGAUGAAGUUGGACCUCGUUUCUUGGCCUUGAGUGAUGCAUAUGAUCUGGAGCUGAGAAAACUUUUAUUUAAAAAAUGGAAAGAGCUAAAAAUUCAAAGGCCUCUGCAUGAAGGUACUUACACUUUUGUAUCUGGCCCCACUUUUGAAACAAGAGCAGAAUCCAAAAUGAUAAGGAUGCUUGGAGGAGAUGCCGUCGGAAUGAGUACUGUUCCUGAGGUCAUCGUGGCAAGACAUUGCGGGUGGAGGGUCCUAGCCUUAAGUCUGAUUACUAAUACUUGUGUCGUUGAUAGCCCUGCCAGUGCACUGGACGAGUCACCCGUGCCUUUAGAGAAAGGUAAAGCGACCCACGCUGAAGUACUGGAGAAUGGUAAAAUUGCCUCCAAUGACGUGCAAAAUUUGAUUGCUGCCGUAAUGGAGGAAUUAUAA